AAGGCGUGGCCGUGCCCUUCACGGCCGCCCAAUGCAGAGUCGCCCUCGCUCUUCUGAUCUGGCAGCUCGCGCCUCUCAGCAGCAUUCACUACAGAGGUGUUCGCAAACCAGUACGCAGCACCUAGCGGCCUCACCGUCCGCUGUGGCGGCCCUCGCGCGGCUGGCCAGCAGCGUCCAGUGCCUGGGGCACCGCCGCUUUGUGGUGGCGCGGCCACAGCCCCAGACACCACGCAAUGUGAAGGUCUGCGCCUCGUGGACUUGGAGGCAUCCGACUGACUCCAUCUUCCAGGAGCUUGAACAGCAGGUUGGGCAGGUGGUGCUCGGGGGAGGUGGUAAGGUACCCGCGCAAGCCACGGCCGAGAGCAAGAAACUGAAGAAACAGCUGCUGCGGUUCGACGCAAUCAGGGGCCUCCAGGUUGGACAGAUUGUGGACUGUGAAGUUCAUGGCUGUGCCUCCCGCACGAAGCCGAGGGGUCUGCGGGCGACGUUUCCGGUUGCCUGCCUGCCUGGCAUUAUGGACAACAUACGACUGCUGGGCUACUUGCACGGAGGCUCGGUCUCGCGUGACAACGUGCAGCAGAGCGCGCACACACCUCGUGGGCUUGCUCCAGCCGCCAUGGCGCCGUGCCAUUGCCACUGCCACGGCAUAUGUGACGUGUGCCUUGAGCUUUUAUAAGCUACCGGGGAUUCUAAGUGCUACCUUCAUGUUAUAUGUUUGUGUCGCAGGUCGGCCAGCUGAUGGACGGAGAGGUGGAGUCCUGGGGCCUGGUCGUGCGUGUGGCGCGGCCGCCCGGCGGCAGCGGGAGCGGCAGCAGAAACGCAGAUGCUGCCGCCUCUGCCGCCUCCGCUGCCGGCGUUGUCGGCGUGAUGCUCCGCACGCAGAUCUCUUGGGAGCGGGUGGAAGACGCGGCCUCGGUCUUCAAGGUCGGCGACAAGCUGCGAGCUGUGAUACUAAUUCAUCCCGGCAUCAGUCAGUGGGGCGCCUUGCUCAGCACCAAGGUGCUCGAGAGCAACCACGGUGCGUGCUUGCGGGCUGCGGAUGUAUGCAUGUGUGGGAUGAGUUGCGUGCGCGCAAGCGCUUUGUAAUCCGGCCUGGACAUGUAGGGGCAACGCUGCAAGGGGCUGCGUGGUUCGUAACCCGUGGCGCACGCCGGCACACAAGGGGAGCACGUUUGGGGUGUUUGUGCGCACCCGGAUGCAUCAUGGAAUGCUAGUCAUUUAGCUGCCUGAAACCCUGACGAAUUGGGGCUAAGGUGCACUGGGACCACUUGCGUCGCCAUCGUUCGGUCCCACACAAGCAACAUGCUGCGCGGCCCGGAGUCGCGCUACGCGGACGCCGAGGUGGCGGCAGCGGCAUGGCGGGUGGCACGUGAUGAGGCCCUGCUGGCGUCCCGCGCUGCCGUCGGACACGCCCAGGCGGGCUCACAGCCGGGAGAGGUCAUGGCCAAGGCAGCUUUCGCAGAAGCUGUGGAGGUGGCAGCAGGCGCGACGUGCCUGGGGCCAACGAGCAGGCGGAGGCGUGAGUACGCGGCGUUGUUCUGUUGCGAACUUGUGAUGUGUGCGGCUGUUGCCCGCCAGAACCUAGCGCGGUCGCAGAGCUACGAUGGUGGUGGGUGCGGGUUCAGCGGGUCACGCACAGCACGAGUAC